GAGGUUGUGGAUUCGGAACCUGCCAUAAGCAUGAUGGUGAAACGCUGGCCUGCCCUCUUUACUGAAGAUCAGGUGUGCUCAUUUUUCACUAAAGAUCAGGUAUGUUAUGAAAGUGAAGAAAACGACUGCCUCUUUUGCUCUCUGUAUGUUUCAGGUCUUCAUGGAGUUCAGCAGGAUUGUGAGCAAGAACCUCAAGCAUGAAUUCUAUGAGAGCAUCGACCGGCACAGUCCUCGGCUCCUUGAGUUAUUUCGAUCCAAGAGAGGGAAUGUUGGACAGUUGUUGACACAGAUUUCACAACAGACAAAUACAACAGACCCAACUGCGAUCCGGACACAUGUGCUCAGAGGGCUUCCAAUCAUCCUGGGGGACAACCCCACAAACUUCUUCAAAGCAGGCUUUGAGUCUGAUGAUGAGUCGUUCCGUGACCUUGACAUCGGGAUACUACUCGUUGAGCGUGAAGAUGCUGUGGCCACAUCUUCCCAUCAUCUCAGUCCAGCCUCGUUGAAAAUCAUCAUUGAGGGAGAAGUUGUGAUGAGAGACAUUGAAGAUCUGCCAAAAGCAAUGUGCAUUCUGUUUGGACUCACAUAUGCACUCCAUCUUAACUACCCUAAGACAAUGAAGCUAACAUUUCUGUUCAUCCAGCAGGUAUUGCUCUCAUUAGGCCACAGUGACCUAAAACCAAAGCUACAGACUUUGAAAAAUCUGCUCACAAUGUAAAGAGAUGUCAGCUCUCUUGGGAUAAGCUUUAACUGUUUUUUUGUUUUUGUUUUGCUACUGGUAAAAACACUUUGACUAUCGGGUAAACCUUUUUUAUUUACUGGAAAACAUGCAUGUUUAAAAUGCAGACAUACACAAGCAACAGACUCAUUCAACACCUACUCACAACACAGUCCCAUACAUAAAAAAACACUGACACUUUAACAAUAUACACAUUUAAAUACUGAAUGAUGGGCGUAGUAUGAAAAUUUAAAUUGAGAGGAGUUGUGGCAAACAUAUCACAUUGUUUCAGUUAUUGUUGCAUCAUUAGUCUAUGAAG